AUGGCAGAAUACUGGAAAUCAGCUCCUCGUUUUUGGUGCAAACAAUGCAAGAUAUUCAUCCGAGAUACUCCCUUCGAAAAGACCCAGCACGAAGCGAGCGGCAAGCAUCAAGGCAAUCUCAAGCGAUUCCUACGGGAUAUUCACCGGGACAAUGAGCGGAAGCAGCGCGAGAGUCAGAGGGCGAAGAACGAGGUUGAGCGGCUAAGACAGAGUGUCGCGGGACCGUCAGGUGCGAAAGAGAGCGACGGAGCGCCCUGGAAACGGACGCCGGCCGUCGCUCCACCAUCUGAGAGGCCUGUGUCCGUGGAAGAGAGAAAAAAACAGAUGGCGCAGCUGGCGGAAAUGGGUGUCGCCAUUCCUGAUCAAUACCGGACUGAGCUGGCCUUGGCUGGCGAGUGGGAGACAAUUUCCGAGCGAGUGAUCAGGUCUGGUGAUGCCGAGGAAGGCAAGGCUGAGACGUCUGUUGGGGUUCGCAAACGUAAACUUGAAGGCGAAGGCGAUGAGGAGGAGCAGGAAGCGAAACGGGAAGCUGAAAGAUUCGUGAGCCAGGCUUGGGGGUCUCGGACACGACGAUACCCGGGUGAACAGAGUGACACAGAUCUGGACGCUCUACUAGAAUCUACAAAGGAUAUCAAGAAGGCCAAAAUAUCGACUCCAGAGACAGAACCUACAGCACAGGCUACGGAGGGGACGGCUCCGACUGAGGAAGCAGAACCCAAGCCGGAACCAGGAUCUGUCAAGGAGGCAGAGGCAUCUGAGCCUCCCGCGUCGACUACUCCGGCUGUCAAGCAAGAGGAAGGGGAGGCGACUCCAGGUGUCGUUUUCAAGAAGCGCAAGCCGAAGGUUCUGAGGAAAUAG